GUUGGUAUUGAAUGGAUGUUGUGAUGACGUCAAGUCGGUACUGUAAACUUGUGAAGCGUUUGGUAACAUGGCUGAUGUGCAUUAUUGCACUAGUUAACGGUAAAGCGAUCAAUUCCUGUUAUAAUAAUUGGAAAUUUUUCAAUUCACAGUUUCCCGCGAUGUUUCUCUUUACACAUUGACCGACAUUUAUCAGCGUUUAACCAGGUCAAAUUAUGGAUGUAAACGAGGAAGCUGACGCUUCUUUAUCGAAUACCAAUGAGGAAAUUGGGAAUAUAAACCAACAUGUUGAAGCGUUUUCUGAAGAAAGCUUAUAUGAAAGCAAUGAGGAGGUGAGGCCGCCAGAUUUACUCCCGGAAAAUGUUGUUGUGGUCGAAGAGGCUGUGGCUACCACGAUGGAGAGUCUUAUUGUUAAUGAUAAUGUAGUUUAUUGUGUUUCUAAUAAUAAUCAAAAUACUGAGUCACUACAAAUUCACACUGAAUGUGUAACUGAUGGAGCUGUAACUUAUGUUACUGUUGCUGAAACUGCAAAUCGAGAAUCAAUUGUAACUGGAUUUGUAGAAACUGUUUCUUGUGAAAAAUCUGGUGCUUUAGAUGGUGGUGAGAUGUUAUCAGGGUUUGAUAACAUACCCCAAGAUACAUUAAUUGUACCAGAUUCUAGUAAUUAUGAGUUGCCUACGCAAAGUUAUGAGAAAUUUGUUCAAGAUGCUAUAGCAGGAGAAAUUGAAGAACCUGCCAUGGAAUCACAUGAAACAAUUAAACAGGAGCAUCUUGAUUCUCAGUCCAACAGCCAAUCAGAUAACAUAGAAAUGAGACUUCAAAAAUUAACAGAAGAACAAGAGAAUGAAGAUUAUGAUAAGGAUGAAAAUGUUGAAAAAACUCCUGAGUUGUGUAAUGAGCAAGAAAGUGAUAAUCAAGAUGUGAACGACCAACAUGAGGAAAUGGAAGAACAUGUUAUUGGAGAAAAUGUUAGUGCAGAUGAAGAAUCGGAAACUCCAACAUCUGAAUCAAUUGUAAUCACCACUGGUAACUCUGCUCAUGAUGAUAACAUAGAAAAACAACUCUCCAAAAUUGUUCAUGAUGAAGAACCUCAUCAGCUCUCGAUUGCUGAAGAAAUAUCCCGCGAUUUUGAUGACUCAGACAUGGAAGAAUUAUCAUUAACCCACGAAGAUCAAGAAAGUCAUGAUAAUGUUAUUGAAGAAGUUGUUAACAUUGCCAAGCAACUUGGGCAUGGUCCAGUUACUGUAACUGAUAAUACAGGUCAAGUUUAUUAUGUUGAAUCGGUUGAAGAAGUUAUUGUUGUUGAAAAUGACGGAAAAUUAAUAGACAGUAAAGAUUGCAAAGAAGCCGCUUCUAAACCACCACCUUCUAUUCCAAGUCAUUUAUUGGGAAGAAACAUAAAUAAUCCCAUUGAAGAUACUUUUAGAAAUGGGAAAACCCCACCAAGACCAAGAUUAGGAGUAAAAAUUCCUUAUAAAAAUCUAACAAGUCAAAUUGUUAGCAAAGAUGAGAUAACUAGAGAAGUUUUACAACGAUCUAAAAGUAGAAUGAUGCACAAUCGAAGUUCUCGUGAAGCUUACUUUGCUAAACAACUCACAAGACGACUUGCGAAGAAAAUUACACCUGGCUCAAAAAAAGAUGACCAAAAAAUUACAACACCAGAAAAAGCGAAAGGAAUCAACAACACAGAUUUAAUUGCAAUAUUAGAAGGAAAAGACGAAGAAAAGCACCAAAGUGAAGCUAUGAAAGAUGAAGAAAAUUAUGUUUGCGCUAUGGAUAGAAAAUUAGAAAGAGAAUUGGCUUUGAAACAACUAAGUGAACUCCCCAGACGGGGUCGUAGACGAAAAAAUUCCGGAUAUGAUGUAAUUGAAAAUGUUAAUAUUCCCCCAAGAGUACGGAAAACCGAAUUAAAACAAGAUAAAGAACAAGUUAAUCAAGAUCAUCCCAAAGAAGUUUUGAUCCAAAUCAAUAAGGAAGAUAAUGUGAAUGAAGAUGUGACAAUGAAUAAUGAAAUAAAUUUACAAGAACAACUAACGUCAAGUGAAAAAGAAAAUGAAAAAGAAAUUGAAGAAGAAAUUGUAGCAGAAAUAAAUGAAGAACCAAGUCCUGCCAUUGAAAAACCAACAACAAGAUCAAACACUCAAAAAAUUAAAAUUGAACGUUCUGCAGAAUCAACGACGGAAGAAGAAGAAGAACAAGAAUCGCCAACAAAGAAAACACAAAAAAAUUUAAAUAUUAACGAAAAGAAAUGUAAUAAUCAACCAAUAAAAACUUACGAAAGAAAAAGGAAAUCUACGGAUGAAAACUUAACUGUAGCUGUUCCUGAAAAGAAAAGUAGUCGUAUAAUCAAGAAAAAGAUCAUUUGGGAUCCUGAUGAUCCAACCACGUCAAAAUUCGCGUCCGAAAAAAUUUCCCCCCAAAAAGUAAUUCCAAUCAAAGGAACCACAACGACCGUAAAAGUAAUCGUUAAAGAAAGACGCAAAUCAGAACCUCAACCAAUAAGCACUUUGAUAUCUCCAACAAAGAGUCCAAUAAAAAGAGACAAGACACCAUCAAAAAUAGAAAAGGAACCAAUAAAAAUCGAAAAAAUUUCGCAAAAACCAGAUGUAUCGAAUAAAAAUAAAAAACGUUUAACUGAAGUUGAUAAAUUAUUAAUGGACGAAGGAGCGGUUAAUUUACUUUAUUCAGUUAAAAAUGAAGAUGGGGCGAAACGCUUUACCGGAAGUACGAUUUCUUUGGAUAAAAUCCAACAAGAUUUAAGAAACAAAACGAAAGAAAUCAAAAAGGACUUAUCAAACAGUACUGAUAAGGUCUCCCCAAAAUCGCUUCGAAAAAAAGAUACUUCAUUAUCCACCCCCACUAAAAAACCAGUAACUCCAGCAUCGAUUUCUCGUAAAAGAUCAAAAGAUUCUAAUCGUAGUUCGAUUCAUAGUCCGCCAGCUUCUCCUUCGCCGAUGAUCUACGUAAACCAUGCCGAUGCUUCAAGAAUUAUACGAAGACACUCGAGUAGUUCUUAUUCCAGUAACGAAGAGGGCGAUGCCAAUUCAAACGAACUAAAGGAGAAGAAAAUGGCUAAAAAGAAAUUGAAACGAGAUCAUCCUGCCCAAAAAGAUCACAAUAAACAAGAAGACAAAGAUUUAAAUGUUAAAAAUAAAACGGAUGCUACAUCGGAAAUUGAUAAGUCAAAAAAUAUUAAUGAGGAGAUCUUUGAAAAAUUUAGUGAAGAUAAUAAAAUCAAUAAGUAUAAUUUUGAUUAUUCUAAAUUCAAUCGGUACAAAGCAAUUAAUGUUGGACAGUUGGAUAAUUUGGUUCAAGUGUGUUUGUUAUGCAAUGGUGAUAAAGAGAAAGUUUAUUUAACAUAUGAAGUUUUGGUGGAAUUAACUGAUUUGUUGAAAGAAUUGGAAGUUGAUGAAACUUGUAAACUUGUCGUUAUAAGUUCCAUGGCGUCAUCAUUUUGCCAUGGAAUUAAUUAUAAAAAUUUACAUAUCGAAAAUGAACAAACUAGGAAGGAAGUUGCUCAAAAAUUAGCUAAAGCAGUUACGAAUUAUUUAAGAGUAUUAGCUGAUUUUCCAAAAAUAAUUGUUGCUGGUGUCCAAGGAGAAUGCCUAGGUCUGGCAGUAACAAUGCUACCCCUUUUUGACAUGGUCUUAGCAAGCGAUUCAGCCACCUUUAGUAUUCCAAAUGCGAAAUUAGGUUGUGCUGCUGAAGGUGGUUCAUUAUUAUCACUACCGCAUUUAAUGCAUAACGCUUUGGUGAGUGAAAUGUUAUACGCUUCGAAAAAAUUUGUAGCUGCAGAGGUGUUACGUUUUGGAAUGGUGACAAGGGUUAUUUGGCCAGAAAAGUUUCAAAAGGAGUUAAUUACAGCUGUAAUUGAAAUUUCUACGAAUUCGUUACAGUUUAAACAAAUUACAAAGAGACAGUUAAGAAACAGGAUGAAAAAUCAAAUUCAAGAGUCGUUAGCUGGCGAAGAAGACAUUUUAUUGGAAACGUGGAUAAGUGCGGAGUGUCAAAAGAAUUUUGAAAAUUAUGUUUAGAUUAAGAUCAGUUUUUUGUGCAUUUGUAUUGCCCGUUUUAUUGGUACAAAGUCAAUUUUUUGUUUUUAUUUUUAGUUAUAUUCCCUUACAGUUGAUUUUUUGACUGUAAUCUAAUGUCUUUAGGUUAUACUUUACGUUUGUUUCAUACACCUCAUUUCAAGAGAACAAAUGAAUAUAAAAUGAAACAAUAAAAUAUAAUGGAGUGUA